AUGUCGUCGUCUUCCGAUAAGAAGCCCAAGAUGCGACAGAUCGAUCUAAAAGCCGCUGAACAGAGAAUCAUCAUCCAUCCUGCCGGCGAUCUAAUUCUUCGACCCUACAAAAAGAACAACGAGUUCAGUUUUGAAGGAGCUGGUGUCGGGAAGAAUAUCAUUCAAGGGAAGAUAUUUGCUGAGUUGAAAGUCAAGAAGAGCGUGUUAAUCGAGCAUUCCACGACCUUUAAGAUGAUGCUCACAGGUGGAUUCAAGGAAGCAAAUCAGAGUGUCGUUGAUCUCGAAUCGGAAUAUCUGGUUGGACUUGAAAUUUGGCUUCGAUUUCUGCAUGGGACGAUGAAUGAAGGCCGUGGCAAGAUUAGAACGGCUGAUUUAUUCGACGUCAUUGAAGCUAGUCAUUUCUACUUCUUCAAACUAGAGCUAUUGAAUGAUUGGUUCAAAAGCUGUUUUACAUAUUUCAUGAAGAAUACGAAACCAGAGGAUAUAUACGAACUUGGGAUGCUUGUUUAUCCCUGUCGGCAAUUUGACUAUGCGGAAGGAUUCAUGGCGGUGACCAAGAAGCUGGUAUUUGAGACAGCUGGUCAUAUAUCUAUCUGGAACCCUCAUCCACACAUUCGACAUCUUCAAAUCGCACCUCGUAUUGUUGGCGGGGUCAAUGGUGCAAGAGUGAACUUGACACACAAACUUCACGACGGCCUGUAUAUCCAUUUACGAUUUUUGGUCGCAGGAUGCAAGUGCAGAAAGGAAGGAUUGUUCGCAUACGAGCAAGCACUUCAUGCCACUAAAGCAUGGCCGUUAAUGACGAAGACUUAUGGAAAGGGACAACUGUCGGUUCAGAGUGCCAUUGAUCUGCUUGAAGAUUUCAAAUAUCAUCCUCCAGUCGAGAACUGCAAGCUCUGUUCUUCAAACUUCAAAGACGUCGUCCACCUCGCUACAGAGACGGUUUUGAAGGAUUUUCAGGGCUUGUGCCUUGACUGUAUCAAGAAGCCUGAGCGCAAGGACGUAACACAAAUUCAUUGGGACUUGGGUUGCCGUACUAGACAUAAACGUUCAACAUGGUGGUACUCUUGGUUGUCCUCGGAUCAGCCAGUUGACACUCACGAGCAGGCGCGAGACGAGCGACGGGUCAACAGCAGAUAUGUAACACCAAAAGCAGCGCUCGUGAAAGUGGACACUGAGAAACAGUCAUAG